AACAAGCAGCUUAAAUCCAGCCCUUCGAGCAACUUCUCGUUGCCAUGACGACCUACGGCCGUGAACCAGCUUCGUAAUGGAGUCGAUUAUGGAAAGUGCGUCUUGUAAUCCAAGUACGAAUACUGAAUUUUCCGAAGGAGAUGUUCCAAGAAAUUCCACUUCACAGAAUGAAAAAGAUAAUGACGAUUCGGAUAACACGGGCGAAUUUUAUUUAGAAUCAGAUCACGUAGCUCUGAAAGGAAAUGGAGAUUACCUGAAUAUGCUUAAGACCAUAGCCGUUUUAGAAGCACAAAGCAUAAAAGCCAUUCAGGACUAUGAUAAGCUCUUGACCAUACAGAAAGCUGCAUUAGAAGAUCCAAUGAAAUUUGUUGAAAAACUUCAAAGGGGAGAAGAUUUGGGAAUCCCAGAACCACAAGUCAUUGUUGAACUCCCAGACAUAAAUUGGUCAGCAUACAAUGUGACAGUGCCUGUAGAAUCACUGAAACCUCGUGCCAGAAAACUUUCAGGUAGACCUUCAGAUGGCUCUUUGGACUCUGCAAUGAACUCAGAACAUGAAUCAAGUGACUUUAAGUCCAGAAUUUUAGUUCGGGGCCGACCGUUUGAUGAUAGUAAGCCUGAGACAUUCAAUCAGCUCUGGACUGCAGAGGAACAGCGGCGGUUAGAGGAGCUUCUGAUUCAGUAUCCACCGGAAGAGGUAGAGGCCAGACGAUGGCAGAAGAUUGCUGCAGCCCUUGGGAAUCGUACAACUAAGCAAGUCUGCAGCCGGGUACAGAAGUACUUUAUCAAGCUUCAUAAAGCAGGAUUGCCUGUGCCAGGAAGAGCUCCCAAAAUGCAAUCUCUAGACGUGUUUCGAAAGGGAUACCAUCCUCAUCGGCACCAGAGGAACAAUCACUAUUUGUUCAAGCAAACAACAUUUUUCCCGUCACAAGAUGUUCCAGUGUAUAUGUCUGAAUUUGAUGAUGAAACAGAUGGAGCCUGCCCCAAUACAUCCACAGCAGAAUAUGACACAAAAAUGGAAGAUUACAAGGAAGACAGGUUCUCAGAUGAUGAUUCAACUGAAUAUCGACAGUUUUGUCUUCUGCAGAGGGUGAAGAGAGACAAGGAAAUGGAAAGAGGGAGGAUUCCUUUUGAACAUUUAGGCUACAAGUGUGACCUGUGUCAACAGGAGCCUCUCCUUGGGACCCGGUGGCACUGUGUGGACUGUCCACCCAAUGUGUCUGUUGACUACUGCACAGAUUGUGUUGUGACACAGAUGGAAUCUAGUAACCCUCACCCUCUAACACACCACCUGGUGGACUUGCGGAGAAGUGAGGAACAAAGAAGAGGUGUGUGGGACCAGGAUUACACACCUCAAUCUUUCUCAGUGACAGGAAAACCAAAUAAUUACAACUAUUUGGACCCAAACUUUAUGCCUGAAUAAUGCAGGGUAUCUGUAAAUUAGCCAAUAAUUUCAAAUGCACAUGAUGUUUCUAGUCAUGUAGAAACCUGGAACUAACAUCCGAACAGUUGUGUGUAUCUUUCCAUGCUAUGAAGAUGAUUUCUGUGAAGUACACCAGCCAAUUCUCUGGAUAACUUUGGUGUUCAAUAGUGACAGUGUCUUUUCCUUGUUACUUUUAAUCAUGUAUUUGUGUCCAUCCUUCAGUGGAAGUCAUAUCAAAGUUACACUGACUGUUAUAUGUAGCAUGGCCCCAUGCUACAGAAGGGAUAUGUUCAACCUUGUUUACAUACCUGCUACACGACACUGAGUAUUGCCCAUCCCACAUGUACAUAACUGAACACCUGAGGAUGGCUGUUUGGGGCUGAAACAUGUUAUGUUAAUAGCGAAAGCAAAUGUGAAUGAAGAAAUAAAUAGUUGCAUUACUGAGGGAACGUUGAAUGUAAACAAGUCUGAACAUGGUAAUGCAACAGGAUGCUUAAAUAAAAGACAGGGAUAUGUUUUUUUUUUUUUAAAUGUGUACCAUAAUAUUCCAUAAUGUGACCAUUAUUUGUCAUUGCCUCCCACGUUAUAAGUGGUGAUGCAUUUCUACAGAAUGAUUUUGGACCACAGAUAUAAUAAAAACCAAUUUCUACGCAUUAGAAAUAACAUUAGGAGCACAAGUUAUGUGUGAAAUAUAAUACCGUUCCAUUCUUGUUAAGAGUAAUAUCUGCACAUGAAUUAGAUAGCCUCUUCCAGGACAUCAUAAGGAAAUUUCACUAUUGCACAAUCUAAAAUGAGAUGAAAUAGUAACC